UUCACUAACUGUUAAUUGAAUUGUUUUACCUAUGAAGUCCAUAGGGCCUGUGUUGUUUUUAAUCUCUCACUAUCCCAGAAGUGUGACGUCAAAGCGGUACAACUGUGUUCCAUUCGCGGUCACUCAUUCGUCCAGCUUGGCCAUUGUAAAGUAAAGUACACCGGUCAGCAUGUGCGCGUUCAUGAGAGGUGGCCUCGUCUUAAGUGUGUGAGGGCUCUAAUUGGAAGCUGAGAAAUGGUGGGCUGAACCUGAAACUGCUAUAACCUGGGCUCCUAAUACAGCUGAGGGCUCUAGGACUUAAUUUUGUACAGUAACGAGUGCCAGUCAGCAUGUCCAACCCUGGAGGACAAAAGGGUAGUCCUAUGACUCUGGUCUUAAUGGUGGCAUCAGCUGCCAUUGGCGGGACCCUGCAGUAUGGAUAUAAUUUGGCUAUUAUGAAUGCACCUACUACCUUCAUUCAGAGCUUCAUCAAUGAAACAUUUCAAGAGCGUUGGGAAAUACAGUUGGAGGAUUACCAAGUGACUUUAAUUUGGACAGUCAUAGUUUCAAUCUUCUCUUUGGGGGGCUUCACUGGAGCCUUAAUUGCGGGCCCGAUGACCAUUCAUUUCGGAAGAAAAAAAUGCUUACUAUUGAAUAACAUCUUCCUUAUGAGUGGUGCACUCCUUGCUGUGACCAGCCGAGCUGCCAAGUCCUUUGAGAUGAUCAUAAUUUCUCGGGUGCUUGUGGGAAUUAAUGCUGGAAUCAGUAUGAAUGUCCAGCCCAUGUAUUUUGGAGAAAGUGCACCUAAGCACCUGAGAGGAGCCAUAUCUCUUUCUUCAGCAGUGUUCACAGCAUUCGGUGUAGUCCUGGGACAGGUGGUCGGACUGAGGGAGAUUUUGGGGAGUGAGCCAUGCUGGCAGUAUCUCUUGGCCAGUAAUGCUAUUCCUGGCUUUAUUCAGCUUCUUACUCUGCCCUGGUUCCCUGAGAGCCCCAGAUACCUGCUCAUCGACAGGGAGGACAAGGAGGGUUGUUUAAACGCUCUGCGGCGUCUGCGUGGCUGUGAAGUGGAGAGCAGUGAGCUGGAUGAGAUUCUGGAGGAGCAGGCUCAGUCCAAAGGCGUGAGGCCCCGUCGGCCCUGGGAGCUCUUCUCAGACCGGGCCGUGCGCUGGCAACUCCUCUCUGUCAUUGUGGUCAGCAGUGCCAUGCAACUCUGUGGAAAUGAUUCGAUUUACUUUUAUGCCUCAUAUGUUUUCAAAGAGGCUGGGAUCUCUGCUGAUAAAAUCCAGUAUAUCACAAUAGGCACUGGUUCAUGUGAAUUUACUGCCUGCAUCAUGUGUAACUUGCUGAUUGAGCGUAAAGGACGGAGGUUCAUGCUGAUGGGAGGCUUUAUACUGAUGACUGUCUGGGCUGUGGUCUUCACAAUUGCCCUUUCAUUUGAGCAUUAUAUUCCAUGGAUGCCAUAUUUGAGCAUGGCAUGUAUAUUCACAUACAUCCUCAGUUUUGGUAUGGGGCCAGCUGGAGUCACUGGUGUGUUGCCCACAGAGAUCUUUAAUCAGUCAGCACGACCUGCAGCCUAUAUGAUUGCCGGCUCAAUGAUGUGGAUCAACCUUUUCAUUGUUGGGAUGAUCUUUCCUUUCCUAGUGAGUGGGCUGAAGGAGUUCUGCUUCGUGCCGUUUGCUGCAGUGUGCCUGUUAUCUUCUAUGUACGUCGGUAUGUUUCUCCCAGAGACCAAAGGGAAGUCUCUGUCUGCCAUUACAGCAGAGUUUCACAAGCUCAACUUCAAAGGCCUGGACCCUCUGCACUCUCCCCAGUGUCAGGCCAAAUACCAGCUAGGCGAGGUGUGCCACUCCACAGCACUGUAGACUGCUGCUGCAUUUAAUGGGACUGUAAAUAUUUUAUAAGACUUUAUAUUUGUUUCAUAUAGACAUAAUAUAAUGAUAUGUCUAUGAGAAAAUGUUUAUGUAAACUUGUGAAAAACUUAACAUUCUUGUCAAAGCGCUGCACUGUAGUCAUAAUUUAUUCACUCCAUACUUGGUGGUGGUAAGCUACUAUUGUAGCCACAGCUGCCCUGGGUAUUGUAUAAAAUUACUCCUUCCUCUGGAGUAGGUCAAAUUACAUUUAUGUAUUAAUGUAAAAUAAAUUAUAAACAUAGACAAACAUUUA